AUGGACAAGAACUAUCCAGACCCUAAUAUGGAAAAUGAUAAUACAGAGCACAUCAGAGCGAAGCAACUGUCCUCUGACAUCCACGCAGAGAAGCGCAGGAAAAACCUCCGCCGGGUCAGCUUUGCAGACACCAUCAACACCAGCAGCUCUCUGGAUUCUCUGAAGGCUGACACCAAACUAACAACCCAGCCGAGCAGCCAGCUGGAGUCCCAGCUGCUCACAGACAGCAUGUGCGAGGACACCCUGCGGGAGAAACUUCAGGAUGGUGUGAUCACAGUCAGGGAAUUCUUCACACUCCUGGAAGUCCAUGUCCCCAUUCAGAAGCCCCGGCACAGCCACGUUCCAGUCAUGAGUGCAGCCAGUGCAGCCCCCACCCCACUAGACCUCCUGUACAGCCACUACGUGUACCGCCCCAAGCUGCGCAUUUAUGAAGAAGACUGCCAGGCCCUUGCUCAGAAGAUAGAAGAGUUAAAACCAUAUGCAGAUAUGCAGGAUCAACUCCUGGUGAAUGUGAACAGGAGCUUCUGGGAAGUGAUGAGAACCUGCUCUGAUGAAGAGCUGAAGAACUUUGGAGCAGAACUGAACAAAAUGAAAUCCUGCUUCAUCAAGGAGAGUAAAAUCUUGGCUCACGAGGAGAAGGCCACACUGUACAGCAGGCUGCUGCAGAGUGCCCAGGAACAAUAUGAAAAGCUGCAGUCAAGGAUGAAGAAGCUGGAUGAAUUGGUGAAGGAGGCAGAGAGCUGCUUAGGUGCCCUGAAAGCAGAAUUGGAAAGCCUCAGAGCCCAAGAAGAGAAACUUCAAAAAGAGGUGUCAGAUCUGGAGGCUGAGAAUGAGCAGGUGCUUGAGCAGAUAAACCUGCAGAAGGAAAAACUGAAGAGCUACGAGGAACAGCUGGAGAAAUAUGACUUCCUGGAGUGGGACCUGACAGAAUGGAGCCAGCAGCAGGCAAUCUUUGGUUUUCUUUAUGAUGCUCUUGAACUCACAGUGGUGUUUGGACCCCCAAUAGAUGGUGAUGAACUUGGUGCAGAUCCUUCCAGGAAGAUAGCGAGCCUGAGCUUUGAAUCUCUCCUGGAUGAGGAAGAGGCUCCACCUUCUUCAUGUUUAGUCAAGAGACUCAUCUUCCAGUUCAUUGAAAGUCAGGGGUGCUGGCAGGAGAAGUGUCCCACACUGUCCCACUUGCCCCAGGUUCUUCAGGACAUCUCCCUGGUGGUGGGUCACUGCAAGGUCUUAGGAAAGGAGAUUGAGUUUCUGGAGAGAUGGGGUGGAAAAUUCAAUCUUCUGAAGACAGACAUCCGUGACACAAAAGUGAAGCUUCUGUUCUCUUCUUUGGCAGCCUUUGCAAAGUUUGAGCUGACCCUGUCCCUGUCAGCCAACUACCCGGCUGAUUCCCCGCCCUUCACUGUCCACAAGAAAAUUGGCAAUAUUGGGGAGGAGGAGAUCUCUGCUGUUCUCAGCGAGGUGCCCCCUGGCCACCACUACCUGCGGAGAGCAGUCAGCCUGAUCCACCAGCACCUGCUCCAGCCUCCCAAAUGA